AUGCCUCCAGCAGAUAUUGCCAUUGUGGGCAUUGCAUGCCGCUUUGCUGGUGAUGCGAAGUCUCCCGAGGCUUUUCAUGAGAUGCUUGUCAGAGGCAAAGACGCCUGGACAGAGACUCCGUCUUCACGAUACAAUGUCAAGGCAUUCCAUCAUCGCUCUCGGGAGAGAAGUGGAAGUAUGGUCUGUCGUGGCGGCUACUAUCUAGAACAAAAUCUCUCCAAGUGGGAUGCUCCCUUCUUCGCCUGUUCUGCCUCAGAAGCUCGUGCUUUUGAUCCUCAGCAACGCUUACUUCUCGAGGUUGCAUACGAGAGUCUCGAAAAUGCAGGAAUACCGAUCGAUGCCAUUGCAAACACAGAUGCCGCCUGUUUCGUGGGUGGCUUCACCAACGAUUAUAAGAAAAUUGUCUCCCGGGAUCUUCACAUAAUGCCACAGUAUGCAAUGACGGGAUGCUCUUCAUCAAUGCUAUCUAAUCGCGUUAGUUGGUUCUUUAAUCUCCGCGGACCAUCCGUCACUACCGACACGGCCUGCUCAAGUUCGAUAACGGCAUUACAUCUGGCAUGCGAGACGAUCCGAUCAGAUUCAAACAAGACACGUUCAGCGCUAGUGGGUGGAACAAAUCUCAUUCUAGAUCCAGAUGAUCCUUGUGCACUCAACGCCCUUGGCUUUUUAAGUCCUGACAGUCGUUGCUUCGCAUUUGAUUCGCGGGCUAACGGCUAUGCACGGGGAGAGGGCAUAGCCAUGAUUGUUCUCAAACAUAUCGACGAUGCCAUUCGUGACGGAGACCGCAUUCGUGCUGUUAUUCGGGCAACAGGACUCAACUCAGACGGCAGGACCGCCGGAAUAUCUCUACCCAGCAGUAGCGCCCAACAACGAUUAAUACUCGACACAUAUGAACUAGCUGGGCUCGAUCCUGCUGACACGCAGUAUGUCGAGCUUCACGGUACCGGUACCAAGGCAGGCGAUCCGGCGGAAGUUGGUGCUGUUUCCAGAACAAUUGCUACAAAACGGAGCACUCCACUUUAUUGUGGCUCUGUUAAGACACAGAUUGGGCAUACAGAGGGAGCAGCUGGCAUUGCGGCUGUAAUAAAAUGUGUGCUUGCGAUGGAGAAUAGUGUCAUUCCUCCAAAUCUUAACCUCUCGAAGCCCAACCCUCGCCUGCGGCUUGGAACCUCAAACAUUGUCAUCCCAACAUCACAUGUAGAGUGGCCUGAAUGUGCAAUACGAAGGUGUUCAAUUAACAAUUUCGGUUUUGGGGGCACAAAUGGGCAUGUCAUUCUUGACGAUGCGCGCAACUAUCUAAAGCGCCAAAAAAAUGCGUUCUUGACUAACGGAAUAUCAAAUCCAGGGACUAUUCAAAAGACAGAAACUAUCACGAACGGAAAGUCUAUCCAUAGUCAGGCUCGUCUCUUCAUUCUCUCUGCGCCUGAGCAGGAUGCCAUAAUGCGACAGCGUGUGGCACACUCUGACUACGCGGAAGCACGCUGCACCUCUGAUACAUUGGCAUACCUUGCAAAUACUUUAAGCGGGCGUCGGUCGAUCUUUCAGUGGAGACAUGCAGUAGUUGCGAGCUCUGUUGAUGAACUCGUAGCUCACUGGAGGGAUGACAAACUCAAGCCAGUCAAGGCCAGCACUUCUCCUAACAUCACCUUUGUCUUCACCGGACAAGGUGCACAGUGGCACGCAAUGGGUCGGGAGCUGGUAGUUUUUGAUGUAUUUGCGAGAUCCAUUCGGGAGUCAGCCUCAUAUCUUAUGGCUGGUUUGGGCUGUCAAUGGGAUGCUUGGAGGGAGCUUAUGGAGCCGGAGUCGGAAACAAAGGUCAACCGGGCUGAGUACUCUCAACCGCUUUGUUUAGUCCUUCAGGUUGCACUUGUUGACCUCCUGGAACACUGGGGUGUUAAGCCUUCUGCUGUUGUAGGUCAUUCGUCGGGUGAGAUAGCCGCGGCGUAUGCCGCCCGAGCCUUAACUCGGGAGAGCUGCUUAAGAAUUGCAUACCACCGAGGCUUAGUCUCUGAGAUAUCCAAGCAGCGAAACCCCAAUGGCUCCAUGAUGGCCGUUGGCUUAUCCACAGAGAAUGUUCAACCAUAUUUGGCUCAAACAGGAGGGUCCAUCGUUGUAGCUUGUGUCAACAGUCCCGAUAAUGUUACGCUUGCAGGAGACAAAGCCGAUUUAGUACACCUACAACAGGCUUUUCAUCAGGAAAACGUAUUUUGCCGCCUUCUCCAAGUUGAAAAUGCCUACCACAGCCCACAAAUGCGUAGUGUCAGUGAGGAGUACCGAAGCAGUAUCAACGACAUAGCUCCUAUGAGCGACUCAUCGAUUGCUUUUUACUCUACCGUCUAUGGCCGUCAGAUCUCAACAAUGCAGCUUACAGCUGAAUACUGGGUUGAUAAUAUGUGCUCAAAGGUUGAACUUGUCUCUGCUCUCGACGACAUGAUAUACACAGAUCCCAAGGAAAGACAAAUGAAGAGCAAGGCCAAAUUACCAAGCCUAUUCGUCGAGGUCGGUCCUCAUGCGGCAUUAAGUGGCCCAAUUAAGCAGUUUAAAGUUGCUCGUCCGGGUCUAGAAAAUUUGACGUACCAUUCCCUCCUUUUGCGAAAACAAGACGCAACACUGACAGCCAUCAACACUGUUGGCUCUUUGUGGAUGAAGGGAGUUCCAGUCAAUCUCAACCGAGUGAACCAAAUAGAGGAGAUAUCUCAGUCAGCAACGCUCUUGGUCGACUUGCCUUCUUACAGCUGGAAUCACUCUACAUCAUACUGGCAUGAGACAAGACAGUCGAGGAAUCACCGCUGUCCUCUAUUUCCCAGACACGAUCUCAUCGGCUCACUAAUAGAAACUUACAACCCCCUGGAACCGGUGUGGAAGAACCACUUGCGCGUGUCGGAAUUGCCCUGGCUCCAGGACCAUCGAAUUCACGGUGACGUUGUGUUCCCGGCAGCCGGAAUGAUUUGUGCUGUAGUUGAAGCCUCGCGUCAAUUUGUAGUGCUUGAGAACUCCAGUCGUGACGUUUCGGGCUUCGAGCUGCGUGAACUUUCCAUCUCGCAGCCUCUUUUGAUUCCAAAUAAUGAUAUGGGAGCUGAAACAUAUUUGCAUUUGAAACCAAAAAAACUUGGUAUGGGUAGUGGAGUAGGACCUUGGCUUGAAUUUUCCUUUUACUCUUGUCAGGAGAAUGAUGUGUUUGUGGAACACGCUUCUGGUCUUGUGCAAAUCCAGCACUUAAAGAAAACAGCCGAGGUAGAUGGAGGCAAGGAGCUGGAGGAAGAAACCAAGGCGUAUCAGGAGCGAUGGAGAUCUACAUCAGAGACAUGUAAGCAGAAGAUAACUAACAGGAGCCACUACGAAUUCUGCGAAAGCCAAGGCCUCUCUUUCGGUAAAACAUUCCAAGGUCUGUCGAAAGUUCGUCAAAAUGGACUCACUGUAGCCUUUGAGACAAAAAUCCCAGACUCGCGCGCUUGUAUGCCGGGAUUCUGUGAAAGCAGUUAUCUCAUUCAUCCCGCAACUCUUGAUGCGGUGCUACAGGUAAUGAUGAUUGCCAUUCCCAGAAUGGAUGGCAUUCAGAAACAAGUCUGGGUUCCAACCAGUGCCGAUUCGAUUCAAAUUUCAAGCUGCAUCUCUCGAGACUAUGGGAGUUUUCUGCACGGAGUAUGUGAGUCUUCCCAUAGCGCAGUCCGAGAAAUGACGGGCUCCUUUUUGGUUGGAGACGGGAUAUUUGAUACUUUUCCUGGGCUCAUAAUGGACGGCUUCAAAUUUAAGGGGCUUGGACCCACACAAAACUCAUCCGAACUACCAGUUGAAACCAGUGCAAAGCUAUAUUCAUCAACUACUUGGAAGCCAGACUUGGAUCUUCUCGACGGGCCAGAUUUACGGAGGUUGGCAUGCAGCCAAUCUCAAAGUCGCAGCAUGACCAAAUUCUGCUCCAUGGCGUAUGAUAUUGUUAAUGAAAUGUGCAGACAGGCUGUUACCAAAUUAGACCUAAACUCGAACGCACUUCCACCUCAUCUGCAAAAGUACAUUGGUUGGAUGCGAAGGCGGUGUAAAGUCUCGGUGAAUGGUACUGGCACACCUUCGUUAUGUUUGGAAACCGUUUGUCACGACAUUUGUGAGGACGAGGAUUGCGAAAUAGAGAAUUUGAGAGACUUUAUCGAGAAAUAUCCUGUAGACGGAAAGCUAUUGCGCCAUGUUUUCCGCUCUCUAGGUGCUAUUUUCGCCCAAAAGACGAUACCUAUCGCAGCUCUAAUGGCAGAAGAGAACUUUGCAAAGUUUUACAAGGAGGCCUAUGGAUUAAGUACGAACAUUCAAAUUUUGCGAAGGUGGUUUGAUCUCAAGGCACACAAGAAACCAAGCCUGCGAAUUAUCGAAAUAGGCGCUGGAACAGCGUCGACAUCUCUCCCCGUAUUACAACAACUGGCAGACGAUGAGUCGGGGACGCCCCGGUUUUCUAAGUAUACAUUCACCGACAUAUCUCCUGGGUGGUUUGAAAAUGCAAAAACUGUACUGCGCAGCUGGAAGUCUCGCGUUGAAUAUAAGGUUCUGGAUAUUGAGAAUGACCCCAUCGAGCAGGGAUUUGAUGUUGAGUCCUACGAUGUAGUACUCGCUGUUAACGUCCUCCAUGCUACUAAAUGCAUUGACAAAACUCUUGAAAAUUGCAGGCGUUUGUUGAAGCCUGGCGGCAAUCUUGUCCUUGGAGAGUAUACUAACCUAGAUGAUUUAACUCAUUUCAUUUUCGGCAUUCUGCCUGGUUGGUGGGCUGCUGAAGAUGGGCGACAAAGUACACCACUACUCCUGGAGUCCCAAUGGGACAAAGCUCUCAAAAAUGCUGGAUUUUCUGGCGCCGAUAUUACGCUCUCGGACAAUGAUGACUCAAUAGUUCACAGGAUGUCGACCCUGGUUAGCACUAAAUUGCAUGAACAGAAAUCAGCUCUGGCUAAGGACAUAAUAAUCGUUGUCCCCGUUGACUGUUCCUAUUUUACGAAGAGCCUUUCGUCUUGUAUUUGUCGUGAAUUUGAAGCCAUUGGUGCAAGAGCUGUAGUUAAGGAUAUUUCCACAGCGGUAAUUGAAGCGAGUGGGAAAACAAUUGUCUCCCUUCUCGACUACGAAAAUUCAUUCCUCGAAGAUAUUCAAGAGAGUCGUUUUGACCAAGUGAAGCAGCUUCUUCUCUACAGCAAAGAGAUGCUCUGGAUUACAAGAUCGGAUCCUGCUGAUGCCCCAGGCCACCCUACCAAACGCAUUGUAUCUGGUUUGUUGCGUUGCCUCAAAACCGAAGAUGCAUCACGACGACUCUACGAGCUACAUUUUUGCCAUGAACUUUCCAUUGAACUAAAUGUAACAAGCGCCGUUAUAACUCGCAGACUCUGCAGGAUCUGGGAUGAUUCAACGGACGAGCUUGAAGAGAUGGAGACUGAAGAACAAAAUGGAGUAUUCUGCAUCCCUCGCUAUAUGCCAGAUAAAGCCAUGAAUCAAAGUCUAGCUCGGGAGGCGGAGUUAGAUGUCUCACCGCAGAUCAAUGACCUGCUCCAGGCUGACCGGCCUCUAAAGUUGACUAUUGGGCAACCUGGUAUGCUAGAUACGCUUCAUUUUGUCGAUGAUGAUGACCCGUCUCAACGCUUGCUCGACGAAGAAGUUGAGAUCGACGUACAAGCGUGUGCCCUCAACUUUUUGGACAUCAUGAUUGCAAUGGGUCAAAUUCAACGCCCUGUCUUUGGUCACGAGGCUUCUGGCAUAAUCCGCCGUGUUGGGUCCAGGGUGACCAAGUUCUCUCCCGGCGAUAGAGUUAUCUAUAUUGGACAAGGAGCUAUGCGGACUUGUAUCCGAUCUCAUGAAUCGGCUGUCCACGCAUUACCUACUUCAGUGUCUCUCGAGAAUGGAGUUUCUAUUCCCAUUGCCUACACAACUGCGUACCGAUCUCUAGUAGAAGUCGCAAGGCUACAGAAAGGAGAAUCCGUACUUAUCCACGCUGCAGCUGGUGGGUUGGGUCAAGCUCUCAUUCAAAUUGCGAGAAUGCUGGAAGCUGAUAUUUUUUGUACGGUGGGUACUGAGACGAAAAAGCAAGCUAUUAUCGCUCUUGGUAUUAUGCCAGAUCAUAUCUUCAGCUCCCGCGAUCUCUCCUUUGCUAAAGGCAUCAAGCGCGUCACAGGAGGUCGAGGAGUUGAUGUUGUCGUGAAUUCUCUAGCAGGCGAGGCCCUACGCCAGAGUUGGGGAUGUCUCGCACCGUACGGCAGAUUCAUCGAAGUCGGGAAAAAAGACAUCUUAGGAAAUAGUGGGCUUGAUAUGCAGCCUUUCCUAAAAAAUGCCGUGUUUGCUGGCGUUAAUCUUGAGGACAUGUUGGUCAAUGACCCGCGUCGCUGCUCAAACCUGGUAUCGAAAGUACUGAAGCUGUUUGAAGAUGGUGCUAUAAGCUUUAUCAAGCCUAUCGUGGUGCAAGAUUUUACGAAUUUGGAGUCUGUUUUCCGAGAAAUGCAGCGUGGAACUCAUAUUGGAAAACUUGUACUCCGAGUCACUCCCGAAUCACGAGUUCCAGUCAAACCGCGGAAGUCUGUUCCCUUGAAGCUAAACCCAGAUGCGCUUUUUAUGGCAGAGCACGGUGCUCGCCAUAUCGCAUUUAUAUCCCGUUCGGGGAGCGCACGAGAGGAGGCAAAGGACCUUCUGGCUAAGUUGGCAGCAGAUGGAGUUGAUGCAAAGUCAUACGCAGGUGAUGUUGCAGACAGAGGCCAGCUCAGAGAAAUUCUUCUCGAUAUUUCCCAAAAUAUGCCGCCAAUACGAGGUGUCAUUCAAGGUGCGAUGGUACUAUCCGACAGCCUUUUUCAUAAGAUGAGCCAUGAUCAAUGGAUCACUGCCACAAGACCUAAAAUACAGGGCAAGUAUAUUUUGAGCGAGAAUAAGCGCAUGAAUACUAACUUCAUUACAGGAAGCUGGAACCUUCACGAGCUACUUCCAGACAAUCUUGAUUUUUUCAUUGUUCUUUCAUCGCUGGCUGGUAUCAUCGGCUCCGUGUCGCAGGCGAACUACGCAGCUGGAAACACAUUUCAAGAUGCAUUGGUACAUUAUCGACAAUUCAAAGGCCUACCAGCACAAAGCAUUGAUCUUGGGGUCAUGCGUGGUCUCGGUUAUGUUGAAGAGCACAAUGACAUCGGGGCCCGGUUGAGUCCUUUUAGACUGGCGAGUGUGGAUGAGCAACAAUUUUUCCAUCUCCUCCGGUGCGCGUUGGCAAGUACAUCAGAUGGCCAAAACACGUUAUCGAAACAGCUACUCGUCGGGGCUGGAAGUGGAGGAAUCAUGCAGGAUGCACAAAAAACCACCCCAGAUGCUGACUUCUACUGGCUUCGAACACUAUCACAAUUUUCUUACCUUCGGCAAAUGGAUGUCAAAGAAACCGAUUCUUCCGAUACCGAAGACAAAGAUGACGAGAAUAGACUUAUUCAUCAGCUUAGGACGUGCAAGUCUAUGGAUGAGGCCAAUGAUAUAGCACAGGAUGUGUUGCUGGUGAGGAUUUCCAAGGUCAUCACAGUGCCUGUGGCCGACAUAAAUACGUCCAAGCCAGUAUAUACGUACGGCGUGGACAGUCUGGUAGCCGUGGAGCUGCGCAAUUGGCUGUCAAUGCAGGUCAAAAGUGACUUAAGUAUCUUUGACUUGACUAGCAGCGCCCCAAUAAGCGAAGUCAGUAAAAAGAUUGCAUGCAGGUCCCAGCUAGUUCCAACCGCGGUCAAAGCCCAGGACAGUGUCUAG